CGUUACCUACGUAAGCAGCGAACUGAGGCUGCGCAAAAGGUUCGCGCUGCCUGAAGAUUUUCCGAAGCUAUAGCAAACACACCGUGCACGCUUGCUAGUUUUAAAAGGAUUAAAUACAACAAUAAAUCAUGGCCAGAUACUUGCGGCCUCCAAACACGUCCCUUUUCAUCAGGAAUAUAUCUGACGAGUCUAGGCCGGAGGAUUUACGUCGUGAGUUUGGUCGUUAUGGACCAAUAGUAGAUGUCUACAUUCCAGUUGACUUCUAUACUCGACGAUCAAGAGGAUUUGCAUACAUUCAGUUCGAGGACGUACGCGAUGCGGAGGACGCCCUUCACAACCUGGACAGGAAGUGGGUGUGUGGCCGGCAGAUCGAGAUCCAGUUCGCCCAGGGAGACAGAAAGACACCCAACCAGAUGAAGGUGAAAGAGAGGCACUCCCCGCGCAGCUUCUCGCGGUACGACGACUACGAGCGAGAGGGCGGCGGCCGCCGCCGGCGGUCCCGCAGCCGCAGCUACGAGCGCCGCCGCUCCCGCAGCCCGUCCUACGAGCGCCGGCCUCGCCGCUCUGAGAGCCCCCGAGAGUCCCGGGGACGACCAUACGGACGGCAGGGACGCAGUAGGAGCCGGGAGAGUGAUAGGCACCGGCCGCCCCAGCGGGAGCACCACCGCCCGCACCCCCACAGCCGCUCCAACUCGCCAUCGCCGUCCCGCGGCAGGCCCCGGCCGGGCCCGAGGAAGGAGUCCAGGGGCGCGUCCCGCUCCCGCUCCAAAUCCCUCACCCCGCCCCCCGAAGAAUUCCACCCCGCCUCCAACUCGCGCGAGUCGCACGACUCCCACCUGCGCUCGCCCUCGCGGUCGCGCUCACGCUCCCUCUCCAGGUCCCGCUCCCGCUCCCGGUCCUGGGCCGGGCGCAAGUCUGGGGGGCACUAAACCCAGCCCCUCCUGCGUUCCCCAGGCGCCUCUGCCCCUCCGCGUUCCUUUGUUGGAUUGGCUGAGGGGGAAUGCGUUUGGUCAUGUAGUGUAUUGUCAUUUAACACGCACACUCCUGGGUUGUUGGUUUAGGUUAAGACAUUGGCUGCUCUGGGUUUGAAUUCAGACAAUUUUAGUGGGGUUUCUUUUUUCUCCCCCCCCCCCCCCCUACUUACUUUUUAUUUUUUAUUUUUUGGUAAUUUAAGGGUGUGAAAAUGUGUCCAUUCUGAAAUGGAUUGGCUCCCUUUGCAGACCCAAAAUGGCAGCUGUUUAAUUUUGUUUGUUUUUUUUCCUUUUGUAAAAAUGUGUUCAGUGUCAGCCAUUGUACUCAAGGUUUUGUUUGCAAAUGCGUCUCUACGCAAGUAUUAAUACUCAACAUUUCAAUUGCGUAAUUUUCUACCUGAGGAUUGUCAGCUCAAAUAACAUUAUCCCCCCCCCCUCCCCCAAUCUCCCCCAGGAAUGCAUUCCGAAAUGGCUAGGAAUAUCUGAUUAGUGUAAAACAUACUUGCAUCUUUUCCUGGUGUGUGAAUGUAAACCAUUUGUAAAGAUGCACGUGUCUCCAGUGGGGGAGAGAAAGCCUAGUGACUCUUUUGUCAUGUAACUGUUUCAACGUGUAAGAUUUUCAAUGUAAAUUUCAAACCAUGGUCUUCCACGCGAUGAUUUGUUUUUGUAAAAUGUGCCAGUUUAAAGCAAAUAUUCUGGUGUGCUUUUAAUUCAAUUUACGUCUUUCUGUUCUGUGUAUAUAGUCUCAUUGAAAGCAAUAUUUGAGAGUUUGGCACGAGCAACAAUAGUUGGAAGGGAACUUCUGCAACAACAAAAAAGGUCAUUACUGAUGUAACGCUGCCUCCAGCAGGACUACUGUAAGUUUUAAAUGUUGACGUACUGAUGUCAUGGUAUUGCCCAUUUCAUUUGAUGGAUGACUUUGUUUUUACAUUAUACCCUCAUAUUCCCUUGUAUAAGGCCAGAUGCAAGUAUCUGGAGUUUGUAUGUUUCAUAAAUGCACCCCUCCCUGUAAAUGCUUUCAUUAAAGUGGGUAAGGGUUAGUAAAAA